UCUUGUCCUUGAGAAACACGCAAGAAGAGGAACCGCCAGAUCCACAGCUAAUGAGACUGGACAAUAUGCUGAUAGCGGAAGGUGUUGCUGGACCAGAGAAGGGCGGAGGUGCGGGGGCCGCUGCCUCGGCAUCCGCGGCAGCCGCCGCCGGACCACCUGGACAACCGGACAACGCGAUCGAACACUCUGAUUACAGGGCUAAACUCGCUCAGAUUAGGCAAAUUUAUCAUCAGGAACUGGAAAAAUAUGAGCAGGCUUGUAACGAAUUUACUACUCACGUAAUGAACCUGUUGAGAGAGCAAAGUCGCACCAGGCCAAUCACACCAAAAGAAAUCGAAAGAAUGGUCCAAAUUAUUCAUAAGAAAUUCUCCAGCAUCCAGAUGCAGCUCAAGCAGUCCACCUGCGAAGCCGUGAUGAUUCUGAGGAGUCGAUUCUUGGAUGCCAGACGUAAAAGAAGAAAUUUCAGCAAACAAGCGUCUGAAAUUCUGAAUGAAUAUUUUUAUUCACACCUCAGUAAUCCCUAUCCGAGUGAGGAAGCCAAAGAGGAGCUCGCACGAAAAUGUGGAAUUACUGUGAGCCAGGUGUCCAAUUGGUUUGGAAAUAAAAGGAUACGCUAUAAGAAAAAUAUCGGUAAAGCGCAGGAGGAAGCAAACCUGUACGCAGCCAAAAAGGCAGCUGCAGCUUUUGCAGGAGCGUCGCCGUAUAGCAUGGGCGGUGCCAGCCAGGGCACCCCGACGCCAAUGAUGUCACCGGCGCCUCCAGGAGGACCACAGGACAUGGCUGGAUAUAGCAUGGGAAUAAACGGCAGCGAUUACGGCUCGCAGCCAUACAACGACGGUUCCAUGGGAUACGACCCCAUGCACCAGAUGAAACGAAAUUCUUAGAAGGCGACAGAGAGUGAGAGAGAGACACCGGAUCAGACAGCCACGCAAAAGACACGCAGUCAGAACUAAGAGGGAAAGGGAGGAAAGUGUGAAUCGCGCGAGAUACAGAAAGAUGGAGGGAUGAACGCGAAUGAGGGAGAGAAAGGGAGAGAGAAUGAGGUCACGCAGCCGGGAAAAGUUGAACGUGAAAAUCGGGACUAGUGCACUGAUCUCGGCCUCUCGUGCUUUUUAUUGUGUUUCCAGUGAUACGUCAGGCCGGCCUAAACGCUCGCAAUCGUACCUAGCAAAACUCACCGCAACCUCGACACGAAAUAAGAGAGAGAAUGAAAGAAACAUAGAGAGAGCUAGAGAGGUAGAAAGAAAGAAAGAGCGCGAGCGAGAAAACGAGGGAGAUGAGACUCGGGAUUAGAAGUUGACGAGGACUGGUCAGGACAUCGUUGCAACCAGCGCAGAUCUUUUCCUAUCAAAGUUUUCUCAAAGAGAGAGAGAGAGAGAGAGAGAGAGAGAGAGAGAAAAUUUCUCGAAUAAUGAAAUUUCGCGAAUUUUGCGAGAGACUCUAUGAAUACGAGACGGGUUGUUAGGAUAAUUCGGGGUGUGCUAGUUCGGUUGUCGUCUAACUCAUCGAUAGUGCAAUAUAUUACGUACACAGGCAGACGCGCGUAUCGUGUUCCGCUACGUGUUUCGAGAACGUAUAAAAAAUUAUAUUUGACGCGAGACUGUCGCGUUACUGCAGAGAAAGAUCUCCACUCGUAAGUUCCGAGGAGUAGAAUUUAUUUUUGAACCAAGUUGCAUUGAGGGGAAAGACCCGCCGUGUGCUCUGAAUCGCGACGCACUUUAAAAAAUGUGGAAGCGAUAAAUCGAAAUUCGUAGAAAUGGUAGGAAAUGUCGAGAAUAAUUUUUGGAUAACGCGAGAAAACUCGCGGCAGUUUCACUUUUGCGGAAAGUAUCGGCAAAAAAUUUCGUUCGAGAGUAAUUUCUUUUACUACAACUUAUACCGGUUUACACCUUGAAGAAUACAUCUACACUGGAAGAAAUAGAAGACUUGCAGUGACCGUAGAGGAACGCGAUUCAUGAUAACGAUUACGUCAUGAAGAGAUUGCAUAUUUACAUUCGUCUCACGCGAAUCAAGCUUUCGAAUCUUUCAGAUUCUCUAUCGAAUUUUGUGUAUUGACGAUAUAUACUGAAAAAAAAGCGGAGGACUCUUCGCCUAUGCGGCUAUUAUUCCCUCCAAGAAGACGUUCUCGCCUUUGUGCUCUUCCUUUAGGAUUAGAUCUCGUUAAGUGUGCAAUAAAAUUUUGAUAUUGGGACUUUUUUUUAGAUUGUAGAGAGAAAGAGAGGGAGGGAAGAAAAAGAAACGUUAGAUAGGUUGUUUAUUACGUAGAUAAUAAAAGUUGGUGGCAGCAAGCAAUAAGUUAAUUCUAUAAUUAAUCAAUCAUACGAGUGUGUUUCAGAGCGCUAAGGAGCGCGAACCAUUGCUUGUAACAACCAAUUAUUUUAGUCGAAUUGAGAAUUCGAACAGGGUCUUGAAAUUACUCGUACGGGUAGCAUCUGUGCUAUUUUUAUUUCUCACGUCUGAAACAAUGGAAAUCGCUAACAAAGCUAUACGAAUCUUCCGUUUCGUACAUAAAUUAGUUAUUUGACACGCACCCUACGCAUUCGCGCGAUUUCACGUCGCUCUUUACAUGGCUUUCGAUACUUCAGUCUUAGAGGGACUUAAAAACAACUCUUCCCAUACACAAUUUUUACACACACACACACUUCAUACAUAUAAUAUAUAUACGUAUAAGUUGAUAGAAAGAGAGCAGCGUUAGUGUGUAUUCUAUAAUUGGAAAAGUUGGAGAGAAUUAGGAGGAUAGAUACUUUUCGUGACAUGCAUGACUGCAUGUAGAAUUUCAAACAUGAGAGCCUCCGAAACGAAAAAUGUAAAAAUUUUUUUAGAUGAUAUAUAAGUAUGCCUUCUGACAGAUCGCAAACGACAAUUCGUACAAAAAUGUUUACAAUUCGUGGCGAAUAAUUUAAUUAAAACAUUAAAAAUUUUGAAUAAUACUAUUUUCAGAGGCCCACGUGUGUACUGGUUUGAUAAAGUAGUGCGUGUGUGUGUCUUUAUCUGUUGAUGUUUGACUUGAGAGAUGAUUGUUUGGGAUAUUUGAAUGGUUAAGCGAAGGAUCACGAAAGAUGGAGAGAAAGAGAGUGAGAGAAGAGAGUGAAUGAUCAAAAUUUCAUUGUAGCUCGUUUUGCAAAGUUCAAAAUUUCGCGUAGACAGUAGACUAGACGCCAGUGCGUUGCAUUGGUGAAAUCGAAAGGACACUUUUUCAUUUAUUUGAUUAUCUACGAUAAAAUAAUAUCUAAGUAAUCGCAGAGAUAUUAAAUAAAAUAAUAUCUAAAUAGCGAGUUUUAUAGAUAAAAUCGAGAAUAAAUAAUCAAAUCCUUUCGAAUGUGAAUAACGAGAAAUGAUAUCACAAGUAAUGUACGAAAAAAAAGGGGAAAAUGUGUCGAAUUUCGCUUUCAAUUGAAAUCGAAAAAUAAAUUGAAAUACAAAGUCUUACACGGUUGAGUAUGCGUUCAAGACUCGAGACACUUUCUAUUUCUCGUUUUCACGUUACACAGUCAAUGCAACGUUCCGAGCUUGGAGAAGGUUUGGCAUACCUGCUGUGCGGGUAAACUCAACGUUCUCUUUGCGCGAAGCGUGACAAAGUAAAUUUUCUUUUACCGGGUCGAGGCGAGGCUUAGCGACCAAUGACACGCUAUUUUGUCGCCAUCCUGCAGGGGAUAAAGACAGAGGGAUAAAAAUCAAUUUCAAAA